AAACUAAAGAAACACACUCCUAUUCCUCAGCUGAACUCUCCACUCCUGACACCAUGUGUUACUAUGGCAGCUACUAUGGAGGCCUGGGCUGUGGCUAUGGUGGCCUAGGCUAUGGCUAUGGCUGUGGCUAUGGCUGUGGCUAUGGCUGUGGCUAUGGCUGUGGCUAUGGUGGCUAUGGUUAUGGCUGCUGCCGCCCACUCUGCUAUAGAAGAUACUGGUCCUGUGGCUUCUACUGAAGAGCUUCAGCAGCUGCCCAGAAUGUUGCCUAUAAACUGCUGUCUUAAUGAAGUGCUUAUAAGCUUCUUCACAUCAAGAACUCUUAAAUAAUUUCAAAUAUUCUAACUUUAUAAUGUAAUAUCUGAUUUUAAAAAUAUGAAACUUAGCAUCUUCUACUUAUGCCCUCACCUUCAACUGGAUUAUGUGAGCACUUAUAGUUUGGCACCAUCUUUGAAACAUUUUUUUUUAACAUGAUCAAAUAUGACUCUCAACCUGGGUAUAGAAAUAUAAGUAUUAUCAAAUAAACUUUCCAAAAAG